AAGGAGAAUGGAGCGGAGAUACGGCAGCAGAAUCUGCGAGACGCAAAGAGUCAGACGCAGGAGAACACAAGGCUGCGCUGGAAACUAUUAGCGAAAGGACUUUUCCUCCUCCAGUCACUACAAGUGAUCGCAGGAUACAAGAGACAGAAGCGAAGCAAUGAAAUCUCCCAGAAUGAAAUCCCGGAGCAACUCGCAAUUUCUCGAAGAGGACGACGACCUCAACGCCGUGCUGUGCGAAUUCGACGCAGUGAUUGAGGAUUUCACAUCUCCGGUGGAGAAGAGACAUUUCAGAUACGAGGAGCACCUGAAGACGAUGAAGAGACGGAGCAGCGCCAGCGUCAGCGACAGCGGAAUCAGUGACUCUGAGAGUGCAGAAUCUCUCAACAGAAACAGCCUCAGUUUCAGUGAUGAGAAGCUCAACUCACCCUCCCCCGUCUUCUCCCCCACCUCCCCCUGCGCCUCCAUCCCUUCUCCCAAAGUUUCAGCCAAACUCGGAGACACUAAAGACCUGGAGGACUUUAUUGCUGACCUCGACAAGACAUUAGCAAGUAUGUGACCUGAAGCUGCAGUGACAGGGCCGACACCCUCGGGGGUUGGGGGGGGGCAAACAAAUCAGUGGGCCCCCGCCCCUCCCAUCUGGCACAGGCUGGCCAACCUGGAGGCGGAGCACAGUGUUAAUAUUACAGACUGACCGUGACACACACUCCAGCCUGCUCCAACUUGGGAAACCUGAGCGAAACAUUAUUUAAAAUGGCUUUUUAUAGGAUUAUAUUUGUAAUUUUACAGAGCUGGUUAUUGUAAAUUUAUCAGUGCAGUACAUUUUUGUGAAAUAUAUUUUUGUAUCUUGUGUAAAUAUUGUUUCAGAUUCUAUUGCCUUGGCUGUAAGACGCAUGUAAGAUUCUUCCAUUUGUAAUUUUUUUAUGAUUAGCUGUGUACUAAUAACUGUGAACCUAAGGUCUUAACUCACUAGUAAAUCUGGAGAAUUAAUGCAGAUCAGAAGGGAUUUAACACAACUAACGCCUCCCAGUGACGACAUAAAAAAUGGGAAAUGUAGCGUUUAAGUAAACUAUAUUUAUUCUCAGAUAUAUUCAGCAGGACUGUAGGGACCGUGGGGCCCACGGUCGGCAUGUUAAUAACAGCACAGCGUUCAGAACGCUGAGUCCAGGUGAUCCGAUCAGCGGCCAAAAAAGUGGAAAAGAAAACAGCGCUAAACGCUCCGAUUCAUCACGGCUGUCCCAAGGCAAUACUGACCAUCGCAACUCAGAUCAUUCAGAAAGCUGCUGUUAGAGGUACACACAAUACCACGUAUGCAGAAAUGCAUCAUACCAGAAGCAAAGCACAAGAUUUAUGAACUAGUGUCAGUGAUAAAACUACAAGGAAGUGGUCCCUAAAAGACGCUGUAAAGACGUGCAGUGUGUCUGACUGGAAUCUGACACUUCUCUGUGGAUCCUAUGACAUUAUUGUACCGUCGCUCCUGACUUUUGUGUCUGUGGCGAAUAAAAAAGUUCAUUGAAA